AACAACCUUGUUUAUCUCUCCCUUGGUUGCAUAUUCACCAAAAUACGCACACAGGCAGAAAACACAAAAUCAACUACACUCUCCACGCCCAUACUAGGGUUUCAGUUUCUUCGGGGGGCUCAGCUGAUGCUGCAUUCCAUUUUCUAGUUCAAUUCAGAGGAAUAAUGGAGAAGGAAUUGACUGAGCUUUUUGAGUCGGUGAAGAGAGCUGCAGAUGCGGCUGAGAACUCACCAGGGGAAGAGGAUAGGUGCCUUGAUGCACUUAAACGGCUCAAGAAGUUCCCUGUCAAUUAUCAAGUCCUUGUGUCCACACAGGUAGGAAAACGCCUCCGCCAACUGACUAAGCAUAGAAGUGACAAGAUCAAGAUGCUGGCUUCUGAUGUGGUUGAUAUUUGGAAGAAUAUAAUUGUUAAAGAGACAAUGAAAAACAAGAAGAAUGGGAAUGUGGACAAUGGUGAUUUGGUGAAAGCUGAACCUUCUGGUAGAGAAACUAAUGAGUUGAAGAAUUUUCAGCAUGAACAAAUUUCUGGAGCUAAGAAAUUGAAGGUGGAGAAAACUACUCACUUGAGUACAUCAAACUCUGAUAAACCCAUGAAGUUGGAAACUUCGUCAAGCGUCAAAGUUGAGAAAGUCGAAGUUUUCCAGACUACAAAGCAUGCUACUGGAGAAUACUUGCAGGUUGAGAAGAAAGUUAAAGUGGAGAAAGCAAGUUCUGGAGCACGGGCAUCAGAUGCUGUUGGCCCACCAAAACUGACCUCUCUGGUUUACUGCAAAGACCCAUUGAGGGACAAAGUCAGAGAAAUACUUGCUGAAGCUUUGUGCAAAGUCUCUGGUGAAGUAGAUGAUGAUGAUCUAAAAGACAGAGUGAACCGAUCUGAUCCUUAUCGAGUUGCUGUUUUAGUUGAGACUGCAAUGUUUGAGAAGUGGGGCAAGUCCAAUGGAGCCCAGAAGUUCAAGUACAGGUCCAUAAUGUUCAACAUCAAGGAUCAAAACAACCCAGAUUUCCGGAGAAAAGUCCUGGUUGGGGAUUUUGAGCCACGUGCCAUUCUUGAACUGACGCCAGAAGAAAUGGCUAGUGAUGCAAGACAGAUGGAAAAUGAGAAACUUAAACAGAAAGCUAUGUUUAACAGUGAGCGUGCAGCGGCACCAAAGGCUAGUACAAAUGAGUUUACUUGCGGCAGGUGCAAGAAGAAGGAAACUACUUACUACCAGAUGCAGACUCGGAGUGCAGAUGAACCCAUGACAACAUUUGUAACCUGUGUAAACUGUGGCAACCACUGGAAGUUCUGUUGACCAUAUUUAUUAGCU